CGGGAGGAAUGUUUAGUGCAACACCCUACUCAGAGACGUCUUAAAGAAGGUUUUGUUUUCUUCGGCGAUCUACUAUCAAACGGAUGUGUAACCCUAAGAACUACAGUGAUACUCCAGCCACCUCCAAGAGCACAGUGGAGGAACUCCAUCGACCAAUCCCCUCGCUGUUCCGAGCCCUCACGGAGGGCGACGCCCCUAUCAACAUGAUGGUGGUGUCCUUCCCCGUUGCAGAGGAACUAUCUCACCAUGAGAACCUGGUCUCCUUCCUAGAGACGCUUGAUGACCAGCACCAGAACGUAUCGCUCCCCGGCAACAGCAUCCACGCCAGCUACAACACUCAAGAUAACAUGUGUACGGUGGUCUACUUUGACGACUGCGUAUCCAUCCGCCAGUGUAAACUAUACUGUGAGUCGAUGGGAGGGUCGAAGUACCGCUGGUUCCACAACGCCUGCUGUCAGUGCAUCGGCCCGGAGUGUCUGGACUACGGCAGCAAGGCUGUCAAAUGCAUGAACUGUCUGUUCUGAAGACUGGUGGUGGAUGGAUCUAUGGUGGUGGAGACUGGGCACCAAAUAUAUGGACCAAACCCAUGGGCGGCUCCAGGGAGGGGCUAGAUGAUGCUGAAGCCUCCUCAAAAUAGCGUAGCACCACCAAGCAAUAUUUUAUUAGUACAUGCACACCAUGUAUUACAGGCACCCCUUACACAACAACCAAGCUACCCCUUAGCUACCCCUUAGCUACCCCUUAGCUACCCCUAAGCUACCCCUAAGCUACCCCCAAGCAAAAGUUUCUGGUGCCACCGCUGACCAAACAUGAGAAGACUGACUGUCUGACUAGGUCCAAUAUUCAUUUUAACAUUAACAUUUUAGUCAUUUAGCAGACGCUCUUAUCCAGA